AUGAGUUUUGGCUUAAAAACAGCACCAGCCACUUUUCAACGUGCCAUGGAAAUCGUUCUAGCCGGUUUAACUUUCAAAAUAUGUCUGUGUUAUCUGGAUGAUGUUAUUUGUUUUGGGCGCAGCCUUGCUGAGCAUAAUGACAGAUUAAGAACAGUCCUUGACAGGCUCCGACAGCAUAACUUGCGCGUUAAGUUAGAGAAGUGUCGAUUUGCGGAAACUAAAGUUGCGUUUUUAGGUCAUGGUGUUUGUAAGGAGGGUAUAAGCCCUGAUCCACUUAAGGUUGAGGCGGUAGAAAAAAUUAAUGCGCCAACAUGUCUCCGAGAACUGCGAAGUUUUUUAGGUCUAGCCAGUUAUUAUCGCCGUUUUAUUGCGAACUUUGCGACCAUCGCGGCCCCCCUGACAAAAUUGACAACAAAGGCGGCAUCCAAAAUACCUUUUAAAUGGUCUGAGGAGUGUGAAAAUUCGUUUAUAGAACUAAAACGUCAGCUAUAUGUUCGGGCACCAUUACUAGCCUAUCCCCAAUUUGAUCGUGAGUUCACUCUUUACACCGACGCUUCGGAUGUCGGUUUAGGCGUUGUUCUCUCCCAGUAUGAUUACAAUGGCAUAGAAAGAGUUGUUGCAUACGCCUCUCGCAGCCUUACACCACGCGAACGCAACUAUGCCACCACCGAAAAAGAAGCUUUGGCAAUUCAUUAUGGCACGCAAUAUUUUCGCCUUUACCUCUUAGGCCGUAAAUUCACAAUAAUAACAGACCACAAUGCACUUCGUUGGCUCAAUACCAUUGAACCAAAAGGCCGCAUAGCACGCUGGUUGAUGGAUUUACAAGAGUUUGAAUUUUCGGUUCAACAUAGAGCGGGAAAAUCUCAUUGCAACGCAGACGCGUUAAGCCGCCUAGUAAACAAAAAGUGUGAUGGAGCAAACGAAACCUCAGCCUCUUGUAUGGUUUCCUCAGUAAUACCGGACUGGAAAAGACACGCAAAGCGCUUUACAACCCUGCCGCUAACUUACGGUUUUGUAUUUUUGUUGUUGAUUUGGCAUACCAUUGAAUGGACUAUAAAGUUACUAUCUUGGCCACGCCAAGCAUCCGAGACACUGUCUCUUAACCCGGAAGCGCCAAUAUUUCAACCCAAAACGCAAAAAGCUGAACCCAGUUCGGUUCUUCCCGAUGGCCAUGAUAACAUAAACUCCGUUACAGUAAAUCCGACAAUAAAUUUGCAUGAAGCGCAACAGCAGGACGCACAUAUUGCAAAAAUUUUAGAAUUGAAACGUAAAAAGAAACCAAGGCCCGAUUUAAAGGAGUGGAAAGAUGAUCCUAUUCUUAAAAACUUCUGGUAUAAUUACGAUCGGUUGUUUAUAUACAACGGUUUAUUAGUCCGGUCUCGCCACAAACAGUACGCAUAUCCGGAUCAUGCUAUUGUUAUUCCACAGUCUAUAGUGCCAAAAAUACUUGACGGUAUGCAUGAUAAUCCGUCUUGUGGUCAUCUCGGCUCAGCAAGAACAGAAGAACGAAUUCGCGAACGAUUUUAUUGGCCGAAUGUGCGCGCCUCAGUACACUACCACAUACAACAUUGUGUAUCUUGCCAGCGCCGUAAAUCUCCGCCAAAUCCAGAUAAAGCGCCAAUGAAAACGAUUGAUGUCAGUGAGCCUUUCACCUUUUGGGCGUUAGACUACAUGGGACCUGUAACUGAGACCGCCCGGGGAAACAAGUAUAUACUUGUUGUCAUGGACCAUUUUACGAAGUGGUGUGAGGCAUUCCCAACCAAAGACCAAAAAGCGUCUACGGUUGCUAACUGUUUGAUAUCUAAAGUCUUCUCACGUUUCGGACCCCCACUUAUACUCCAUUCAGAUCAAGGGUCAAACUUUGAAAGUAUUCUAAUGCACGAGAUUUGUAAUAUCAUGGGCAUAACCAAAACGCGCACGACAGCCUAUCAUCCAUCUGGGGAUGGCCAAGUUGAACGACAAAAUCGUACGUUACAAGAUAUGCUUGCUAAUUAUGUGUCCAGUCGAGCAGAUGAUUGGGAUUUAUGGUUAGACCCCGUUUUAUUCGCGUACAAUACCAGCAAACACGAAUCUACGGGAUUUUCCCCUUACGAAUUAGUCUUCGGAAAAAUUCCUCGCAUGCCGUUAGAACUAGAAUUCGGUGCUACAGUUGGGAAUCCCAGUACUCAGCCAGAAUACGCAAAAAGUGUUAGGAAAGUUUUUCAGAAUGUAAGGCAGAUAGCAAAAGAUAAUUUAGACAAGACAAGGUCAGCCAGGCGUCUUCGUCACGAUAACGAUAAAUGGAAACCGUAUGUAGUAGGACAGACAGUUUGGGUAAAGCGUCCAAAGAAAGGAAAGUUUGGUAGGAAGUGGAUAGGACCCUACAAGGUAGUAAACAGGAUGGGAGUAACCUAUCGUGUGCGCUCGAAUGAUGAAAAAGCAAUGGUAGUUCAUCACGAUAACCUUAAGACAGGCUAUAUACCGGUGGAUAGCGGCCGAAUUGUUUCUCCUGGGCGUGAGUCAGGUGAUUUUAAUGUGGUUCACAGCUUGCCUCAACACCCCGUCAUACCCCCACCUCCCCAUAGGCUUAGAGGUGACCCCCAACGUUAUGAACUUCGGCAGAACAUACGUCCACCUGUACGCUAUGCUUACGAUUAGAAGCUGGGUAUACUAUAGAGAAAUGAAUUAUUUGUACAUAUAUCAAAGUACGUGUUUUCGGGACGAAAACUUAAGGAAGGAAAGAGUGUAACAGUUGUAAUUGUACACCGAGAACUAAUAAUGUAUGACGUAGGAAUGUUGAUGGAAAUAAGCUGAUGUAUGAAUAGGAUAGCACGAGGCAAUAAAAGUUAGUUACAAACUGGAACUCAAAGUGUGCGUUUCUCUCGUAAGCAUAAAUUCGGCACGUUACACAACUACAAGAGAGCAGAUUUCGAGGCCCUUCGUAACCGUCUGCAGCUAAACGCAUUAGACACGUCCGUCUCUGAUGAUGUUGAUCUCUACUGGUUUCGGUGGAAAGCAUUAUUUUUAGCUGCAGUAGAAAAAUGUGUGCCUGUUAAAGUUAUAAAAGACACAAACUCUCCUCCAUGGAUUGAUGGAGAAAUCAGGCACCUCCUGCGCAAGAAAUAUCGAGCUCUCAAAAAAUACCGCGAAAAUAGAACUGAACAACGCAAACGUAAACUUAGAUCUCUAAGUAAUGACAUCAAAAUCCUUGUCAGACAUAAACAUCGUGAUUACCUCAACAAAAUCGUGGGUUCUUUCUGCGAAAAUCCAAAACUGUUCUGGAGCUAUCAUAAAGCGGUAUUACAUCAUCGCUCAGGAGUCGACUCUGUCAUUACGCAUAAUGGUCAAACAGCCAAGACGUCCGGAGAAAAAGCUGAGCUCUUUAACACGUACUUUUGCUCUGUGUUUACUUCUCCCAACACCGUGCCCAGUACGAUGCCUUCUAACCCCAAUGGAUCCGAUGUUGAAAUCUCCGAUGUGCAGCUGUCUGUGGAAGAAGUGGAACUUUGCUUGGCUGGCUUAGAUUCAUCGAAAGCCUCCGGGGAUCCCAUCUGGGGAUUCCUGCACACAUUCUAA